CCCCCCCCCCCCCCCCCCCUUGUCUUCCGUCACAGGAUGGACCUGGAAUCAGCGCCCAGCGGGGAAAGCUCGUCGUCGUUACAGACCCCAGUGGCCGCCGUCGCCGUUAAGAUGACUUCCGCGGAUGUAAUCGACAAGCCAGCCACGGCGAACGAGGACCCCACCGCCACGGCCACCAAGGGCGAGAUGUCUCAAGCCGAGUUCGAGACCGACAGUGACGCUUCGGGCGAGGAGUGGGAAACCCAGUCUCUCUACGAGGACGCCAUUGAAGUACUGCGGGACGAGCAACUUCGCGAUGGAGUCCCCGAUGCCUGUACUUUGGAGGAGGCUAUCGCGUACCGAAAGCGCCUCCAUGAAAUCGGCAAGGCUGCGUUCGUCGAAGAGACCAUCGCAAAGGAGACGGUCACUGCGAAGAAGCUGUGCACAGCGUUCGGCAUCCAGCCCCCGGCGUUCCUCGAAGGUGCCCCUGACGAGGCCUACCACCCUCUCCUCGCGAUCGCGAUCUCGCGCGAGUUCUCGAGACGUCCGAAGCUCCCACAGUAUAAUACCAUCGAUGAUGCGGUGAGGUUGCUGAAGGAGUCCAAAAACAUCGUCGUGCUGACCGGCGCUGGCAUAUCCACCAGUCUUGGGAUCCCCGACUUCCGCUCCAAGGAUACCGGGUUAUAUUCACAGCUCGCGCAUCUGGGCCUGAGCGAUCCGCAGGAGGUGUUCGACAUUCAUGUGUUUCGCGAAGACCCCAGCAUCUUCUUCUCGGUUGCCAAGGACAUUCUCCCCACGGAAAAGAAGUUCUCGCCGACGCACGCGUUCAUUCGCCUGCUGCAGGACAAGGGGAAAUUGUUGACCAACUACACCCAGAAUAUCGACAACAUCGAGGCCAAUGCCGGUGUCGCCGCGGAGAAUAUCGUCCAGUGUCACGGCUCGUUCGCCACCGCGACAUGUGUCAAGUGCAAAUAUCAGGUAACCGGUGACGAGAUCUUCGACGAGAUCAAGAAGGGUGCCAUCCCUCAGUGUACCGCGUGCCGUGACCGAAUCGCAGAGGAGACGGGAGCGAAACGCAAGCGCAGCACCACUGGUGUGCACCGAAAUCGCAAGGACGACUGCGGCGACAGCUCGGAUGAUGAAUACGAAAUCCCGUCUCCCGGUGUUAUGAAACCCGAUAUCACGUUCUUCGGCGAGGAUCUUCCGGAUGAAUUCGGUCGUCGCCUGCUUCACCACGACCGCGAACGGGUGGAUUUGGUCAUUGUCAUCGGAACGUCUUUGAAAGUGGCGCCUGUCGCAGAGGCACCCGGCGUGUUGCCUCGUCACGUGCCUCAAAUCUACAUCUCUCGGACUCCCGUGACGCAUACGGAGUUCGAUAUUGAUUUGCUGGGUGACUGCGACGUGGUGGUCUCCGAGCUCUGCCGCCGGGCCGGGUGGGAGCUCAAACACGAGAUGAUCCCGGAGGAUGAGAAGGUGGAAAUUUCGCAGGUUGAAGGUUACGAGUCACGACAUGUGUUUCGGGUUGUCGGCGCAUAGCGGCGGUGUUUUGUGUGUUGCUAGCCAUCCCAUCUCUGGCUCUCAGCUGGUUUCGAGAAACGGCGUAUAUUGGGUUGGUUUUGCAUUGUGGGUUUUGAUAUCACCAAAAGGGAAGGACAGGCUGUAAAGAUUGAUGGACGAAGACAUACAAUUAUUGUUAUCAUCAAGCAUGUUUUAUUAUCUUUCUGCGGGCUUAGAAUGUAUCUAUUCUUGUUUCCGGCUCCGGCUCCGGUUUCAUAGGAGACCUGUUUGUUACAAUUGUUACC